AUGUCGUCGCGAGGCGGGCAGCAUCAGGUCUUCGAUCCAUUUUUCGCUGAGGUGGACACCGAGGCUCAAUCAGCUGAAGGCUUUCCGUACGGACAAAGUCGCAUGGUUCACGCUGGCCAGCAGCCCCUGCUUGCGCAGCAGCAGCAGCAGCAGCAGCAGCAGCAACCACGUCCACUGCAUAGCGUUCCACCGUUGCCAGUCGAUGCUUGGGUCGCAUGGGACUCCAAUAACGGCAGCACAAUUACAGGCUCAUACCAGUACGGCGACCAGGAACAGCUCCAGAAUCGCAAGCAAACGAUACGCGAUGAGCAGCUCUUCGCGAGGGAGCCCGCUGAGUCGCCCACCCACGCCCAUUACCCAAGCACCAACACUAGUCCGAUUCAUCUAGCGUUUUCAACCAAACAAGAUGGUCCAUCAAAAGGAGGCAUCGGCAGUGGACAUUCAUGGCAAAACAGCCCACAACGUCAACAUCAUCAACAAGAAGGGCAGCAACAGCAAGGACAGCUCAAUGACAAUAAAAAUAAGGCCUACAACCACGAAGGUAACGACGACCGUUCAGUGUGCAGCGAGGACGCAGAUGGUUCGAGCUACGCAGGGACUCCACCGCUGGAACCGCAAUGCGACAGCAAGCUCAUCAUCGUGUCUGACAAGAAAUGGUCACUCACUGCCGCUGCCGCCGUCACCGCUCCUGUCGCCGAAGACGCUCAUCAGGAGGAGACAGAACAUCAUUCGCUCACGGACAUUGACGAUAAGCAGGACAUUGACCCUUUGACGCAACUAGCUCUGGUGGCAACUUCGGGAGCCAUGCGACCAACACUCAUCUCUUCGAAGGGGAGGGCGCCCGCGCGCGACUCGUCGUCGAAAAAGAAGAAGAAGAGGAAAAUGGAGAAGACGGUCGCACGCAUCGCACCGUCAAACGAGCCUCCCAUGUCAUCUUUUGUGCCUCAAAUCUCCGCAACAGAGCUCCUCAAGGAUCAGGACUCCGAGGAAGACGUCGAAGCCCGCAGCAUUAGAGCCGAACUUGAAAGGAAAGCUGAUCUCGACUUUGAGCAAGACAUGUUCGAGCGUGGUCAGCGCGAACGCAAUCGCCAGCCUUGCAUAAUUGAAGGAGUCAACGAGGUCAUGACGCCGAGCAAAACUCCCUUCGGACACCUUCAGGCAACACCCAACCACAUGAGGAUGAUCUACAAGGGAUUGGUGAAAGAGGAUCCAGAAGGCGAUAAAUUUGUGGCGGAGGCCAACAGUACCUCGCAUGGCGAUUCAGCUUACGCGAUCCAGGAAGACAACACCUCUUGUUGCAGUAAUCGAGAGAGUACUGCCCAGAAUUUUUUGGCUUCACAGGUGCAACAGCGGUCUGCGGUUGACAGUCGGGACACCGCCAAGAGUACAAGCGGCCUUGAAGAGGCAAAUGUCCCCCACCAAAGCAGCAGCCAAGAGUGCUUUUCUUUCUUGACCUUCGACGACACCCCUAACCGGAUCAAUUCAGGCAGGUGUUCCGACAUCAAGGUAUUUGAAUCUCUCGAUAGAUCUCCGCCGUCGUCACCUCUGAUCAGCGAGGAGGACGUGCCAGAAGACGUGCCGGAGAUGGCUCUCACGCCACAGACUACAUCUUCUGGUGCCGAAGAAAAGGGAUGCGCUUCUCGAGACGAGGUCGAAUACGGAACCAGAACUGCCGAGAGAGAGGUUUGCGGGACCGCGGAAGUGGACACACGAAGUGAAAUCGCGACUGAAGAAAUGCUAACUACGCCACCAAACUUCAGUCAAGACACAUCAUCCACAGCUUUUUCGAUGCAACCCAGACAAUUCUGCGACAUCGCCACUCAGACGGAUCCUUGCGCUUGCAACGGGCUUGUCGCCGGUCGGAUCUACAGCAAGGAGAAUUUCGAGGCACAAAAGGGGCUUGCUUCCCAUCUUGCUCCAAAGCACGACGGACUCUCAGUCGCAAGCCCCUAUGUAUGCGUACCGAGCGACCGGGCUAGUAGCGAGCCGAUUCAUACUCUGUCUAACGUGGUGCCUCUCGACCUCACGGACGUUCUAUCGGCUUUACCAGAAUUGGUGGAGCGAAGGGGUCCACCGAUGAUGCAUCCUCCUGCAGCUGGCUCUCCAGAGCCUGCUGCUCAGCUGUUGCCGUCUUCAUCAUCGUCAGAAACGGAUGCGAUGGUCGUCGAUGCCGGUCUCAAGGUCGCGGAGCUGAGAUUCCAGCUCUCGGCGACACCGCCGCCAACUGGGUCCUACUCCGAUGGACAUUGCGAAUCCAUGCUACCUUCGCCCUCCCUCGAAAAAGACUUCGACACUCUCUUGCCAAAGAUUGAAGCAGUCAUAAACCCAAGUUCGACGGGAACGGCACAAGCAAUAAUGGCACCGACAAACAAGGAGGUAGCGCGCGUGAUGAAGAGAAGUGUUUCCGGGGCGAACAAAUUCCACAAGGUCCUCGCGGAAAUGCCUGAAGAGGAUCGAGAAGUCGCUUGUAUGGCGAUGUUGGCCGACGCUAGGGACACGUCUAUCUCCUUGCGAAGGCGAGAAUCGCGUCAGGCAGAGAAGUUGCAGCAGAACGGUGACGAGAGCAAAAACGAUGCCGCCGUUGACAACAAUAAGCGCUCGCAAACAAAUUCAAUGCCAAAGUCGUCACAGAAAUGCUCCAAGAGGGCUAAAGUCAAGGACGAGGAAGAUGAUGUAGUAGCUGAGACUGAUGGAAUGUCGGCCAAGGUGGCGAUUGGAUCUGCGAAGAUGGUUUCGAUCACCGACACCAACGCUCUCUCGACUGCCAAGGAUCCGACCUCGAUGACUAAGCAGACCCGAGAAGGACCAGUCCCCACUCGAAGGAAGCGACUGACAAACCUUCCGCCUUUUCAAAGGAAUCUUAGAAGCCGCAAGUAG